UCUUUUUGUCCAUACAGGACUUUUUAGUUUUCUGAAUAUAGAAGACAAUAAAACUGAAACUUUGUUUUUUUUUUGACUGAUAAAAUUGAAACUUUGUUUCAAUGGAGUUUCUGUCUUUUCUUGUCUAAUCUUUUGUUUCUCCUUUUGUCUUUUACCUCUUAGCACAAUCUUUGUUUGUUUCUUCCAUCAACCACAUAAACAAAAAGAACCUCAUCUCUAAACAAGUGUUUAUCCAAAGAUGAAAAAAUGUUGAAGCUUGUGGACAUGGAAAAGAAACUGAUAAUGCUACUGUUGCUUCUGCAACUUCUGUCCUUAAACUCUCUGUCUCUAGGACAGUCCUCAUCCAUACCAACAGCAAACAUCACUGUAAUGGGUCUUGUUUAUUGCGACGUCUGCUUUAACAACAGUUUCUCCAAACACAGCUACUUCAUGCCCGGUGUUGAAGUGAGUAUAAUCUGCAGAUUUAAGGCAGCUUCUUCAAGAACUAGAGAGAUGCUAACGUUCUCUGCAAACCGAACUACGGACGAGCUUGGACUCUACAAGCUAGACAUAACAUCUGUGGAAGGCGUUUCUUGCGCAGCAGAAGACGACAAAGAUUCUCUAAUGGCUUCUUGUCAGGCAAGCUUGAUCAGUAGCUCCUCGGAGUCCUGCAACGUUCCUGGCUACAAAACUACAACGGAUCAGGUCGUGUUUGACUCCAAGAUGUCUAAUCUUUGUGUCUAUGGAUUUACCGCUUUGAAUUUCAGACCGUUUGAGAAGAAUAUUGACUUGUGUGGCAAGUAAUGGAAUUUCUAUCAUUGUUUUGCUUCUACAAGAACUCUGUUGUCUUCUUGUUCUCUGUUCUUUAUCUUUAGACUUUGUUUAUACAUUUUAUUUAUAUAUAGUGUUCGUUUGUACUAUAAACUCAACAUUCCAGAAACAAAUCAAGUAAUGAUAUAAAUUAAA